UUGCGUAUUACAAAAAACAAUUUCGGUUGUUUAACAUUAAAGUUUUCGUUUGAAAUUCAAAUUGAUCUGUGACGUUUCAGUUGUGAUCCAACCAUCAAUCAGAAGACUACGCAAUUCGCAAUUUUAAUAGAAGAAUCGGGGGGAGUCCUCUCUUUUCCCUUCGUUUGUGUUAUGUAUCAAAAACAUGUCUGACGUAGCGGCGUAAUGUUUGUUACAUUGAUACUAAUGGAUGGACGAGGACCUGAAGCGAGGAUUCUUCCGAUGCGCUCAACAGAUAAAUGGCGAUAUUCGAGAAACGAACCGCGAAUAAGGUACUGAUAGAUGAUACCGAAAGUCUUUCCUGCGUAAUUGAAAAUUGGUUUAACACCAAUGGUCACACGGAGUUUGUAAUUAGGGUACAAAGGGGCCCAUUUUCUGAUAAAACUUGGCGCGUCCAAAAACGUUACAAUGACUUUGUUAAAUUGCAUUCAGCACUUCAAACAUCCGGUAUUCAUUUACCGUUACCACCUAAGAAAAUCGUCGGAAACAUGGACCCGAAAUUUAUUGCAGAAAGACAACAAGCUUUACAAAAGUACCUAAAUAUUAUAGUCAUGAACCCAAUACUUGUAUCAUCGUUACCAGCUCGAUCUUUUAUUGAUCCUGCUAAUUAUUGUCAACCUUUUAGAGAAAUUGCAUUACAACAUGUUUCGCUUGCAUUAAGAGGCGAGGUCGGUUGGGAAGUUGUCUCACCAUUAACAGAAAUUGGUUGGCGCCUUCGUAAACAUUAUUAUCAUGUACGAUGUAAAAAUAUACAAUCUAAGGAGGAAUUAUGGGCUGGUUGGAUUGAUUAUGGUCCUGAUAAACACUUAGAUGAUAAAGAUAUGCAUGCCAUAUUUAAAAGUAUUAGUCAAAUACAACAUCCAUAUAUUUAUCCAAUAGAAAUGUGCCUGUGUACAGAUGUGGGGGCUUUAGUAAUCCGAACUAGUCAUAAAAAUGGAUCGUUAAGAGACGUUUUAUAUGGUGUUAAACCAAAACAGUCAUUUAUGAAAAAAUAUGGUAACCCAAAAGGGCAUAAACCGUUAGAAAUAUCGCAAAUCGCCUUGUAUGGGCGUCAAAUACUUGAAGCAUUAAAAUUUUUGAAUGAAAAAGGUUUACCUUACGGGCACUUACACACCGGUAACAUAAUAAUUGAUAACGAUCGCGUUAAAUUGCUUGAUAUUGAAAAUGGGAUUAUCGGUGUACCAAGUUUUUAUCGCCCUUAUUUUAUGCAACACAAAAAAAUUCAUUCGUUACAAGCGAUUGACGUUUAUUGUUUUGGACAUACUUUGUAUGAAAUGACUUUCGGAUCCCCGCUACAUGAAAGCGUUGUUGAACAUCUUCCGGGAGAGUGUAAUCCAAUUUUAAGAUCAGUUCUCGAAUCAAUUUUAUCGCCAGAAGCUUGCAAAUCGGGAAUUCCAACUAUUGAUGAUCUUCUAAAACACGCUUUUUUUGCUAAUAUCAAACCCACAAUGAUGUUAUCAAGUGAUAAAAUACACUUGAAAAUACCAACUUCGACAAAAGAACAAAUCAAAAAGAUUAUUAUCAUGGUUGAAGAUCGAUUGAAGGAUGAACAAAAAAUGGUUCGUAGUCAGAAACGAUUGGUUAAAGUUCAAGAAAUGAUGAGUUCUGAAGAAGAAAAGAAGAAACAAAGAUCAAAAAUGAAACAAGAACAUAAAUUAGCAAAAGAGAAAAUGAGACAAAAAACUAUUGAGGAAAACGAAAAAGUAAAUGGGGCGUCUGGUUCAGGUAGUGAUAGAGCUGAAAGUGUUAAUAGUACGAGUACAAAUACUUCAAUUGGGACUUCAACACCACCGUCAGUAUCAGGUGUUACAUCCGCUUCAGCACCUUUGCCUCCGCCACCUCCACCGCCUCCGAAUGGUAUUUUAACACUUCCGGUUGUUACAACAAAUGGAAAUUCGCAACCUGAUGAUAGAUCAGCACUUUUAACGUCUAUUUGUGGUUUCAAUAAGUCAUCGUUACGUAAAACCAAAGUGAAAUAAAACGAUUAUGCGAAAAAAGUUUGUUCGAAAAGUUUGAAAACGAAAAGGAGCAUUUUAUUUGGUUUUGUAAUAUUAAAAUUU